AUGCACAACGAUCUUGAACGAUCCGGCGAGAACGACCGUCGUCGUUUGGAAAGCCAACUGCAACUCUUGGAAGCACAAGUACAAGAUUCGCGCACCCAGUUGACCGAAGAACGGGAUAAUGCCGAAGAGCUCUCCAAGACACGGGAAGCUCUCGUCGGCGCUGAAACUAGCAAGAAGCACCUCGAGGACCGUAUUGAAGACUUAACUAGACAAGUUCAGGGCAGCGAGGAAAAACUUGCGGUAUAUGAGCGACGCUCGGGUACUCUUGGUGUUCCUCGUAGCGGUCAGGAUAUGAGCAAGGAGCAGCAGCUUGAGGCGGAAGUCGCGGAACUUAGGGCCGAGUUGAAGAUUGCCAAGGUGGAUCUUCAAGCAGCCAGAGAACAGUGCCAACAAUUCGAAUCAAUUAGUCAGGCUGCUGAAGCCGCACUUGAGAGCUUGCAGUCUACUCAUGAACAGUACAGAACUACAACGGAAGCUCAGUUCACGAGACUCGAGGCAUGUUCGGAGAACAAGGCCUUCCAAGAGAAGUUAGAGGCAGCUCAGCGAGGCGCCAUACAGGCUACCGCCCAACUAAACGAACUUCAAAAGACAUUCGAAAUUGAACGAACUGCUUGGACGAACGACAAGAAAACUCUGGAAGAGACUAUAAUCGAUUUGAGCACUUCCGAGAAACACUCCGAGAGCGACCGUACAAGUCGUGAGCAGGAAGUUCGUUUACAAGAGGAGCGUGCUAAGGCUGCUGAGGAGCGCUAUUCGAAUGAGUUGGUUGCACAUGCCGAAUCUAGGAAGGCUAUCGAAGCUCUGAACGCACAACUAGCCACCUCCCAAGUGGCGGUUCGUGACAGCCAGGUUGCAGCUGACACAGCGACCGCUAAGCUGGCUGCCUCAGAGAGGAGCUGGAACAAGCAGAAGGAGACUUUGGAUGCCGAGGUUGCAGAAGUAAGACGUCACCAUCAAGCUCUCGCUGAGCACAACAAGCUUUUGCAUGGACACUUGGAAGACGUUAGCAGCCAAGCGGCACGUAUCAAGCAAGCAGCGACCUCUUCCGAUGCUCCUGCUGGUGGAGGUGAAGGUGCCAUUGGAGAUGAUGCUAAGCUGUCGGAGCUCCGAUCACUCGUUGGCUACUUGCGCAAGGACAAGAACAUUUCUGAGCUCCAGCUCGACCUUUGCAAGCAGGAGAAUCUGCGGUUGUCGAAGCAGGUUGAGCAUUUGACGGAGACUUUGAACGAGACGCGGGCCACACUUUCGGAGGAACGCGAACGAGCCGUGCAGACCGCAGCAUCUGUACCUGAAGCGGUGUCUUACAUUGUAAUGAGCACCUGA